AUGGAAAGUAUUAUUCGAUGUAUAAGAGCUGAAAUACCAGAUGCCCACAUCCAUUCUUUGGUGGUCGGUUCGUGUCCUUUUACGGAAAAGAUGAAUUCGCUGUUUAUGGAUGUGAACAAACAAGUAAAGCUAGCUUGCAGGAUGAUCCUCGAUGACAAGAAAUUAGAAAAUGGCUACCACGGCUUGGGGAUCUCGCAGGGAGGGCAGUUUUUGAGAGCAGUAGCACAAAGAUGUCCUCACCCUCCUAUGUUUAACCUAAUAACCUUAGGAUCACAACACCAAGGAUAUUAUGGUGUAGGGCAAAUCAAGUAUCAUGAUAUGGCGUUAUACCUUGCGAAACACAUCUCAUACUGGGGUAUCAUUCGGAGCAACACUGUAGUUGCGCAAAACUGGCACGACCCGAUUGACUACAAGACUUACGCCAAGAAGAACACGUUUAUCGCAGACAUUAACAAUGAGAAGAAGGAAAAGAAGGAGAAGUACAAGACGCAUUUACUGCGGCUUAAAAACUUGGUGCUUGUCAAGUUUACACGCGAUGAAAGAGUGGUACCACCAGACUCUUCUUGGUUUGGAUUUUACACUAAUGGGCAAGAUAAGGAGAUAACACAAAUGAGAGAAUCGCAACUUUACAAAGAGGACUGGAUAGGUUUGAAAGAGUUGGAUGAAAAAGGAAGACUUCACUUACUUGAAACUGAUAAUGUGCAUCUUCGGUAUUCGAGAGAAUGGUUUAUAGAUAACGUAGUGACACCAUGGUUGACUCCGACCUACUGGAAGAAAGAAGAAGAGGAGAACCCCCAGAGUUGA